ACCGGAUGAGAUACUAAACUCUGUUAAAAACACCAGAAGAAGAGAAAGCAGGCCCACUUAAGGGCGCCAAACUCUAAAAAAUAUGUAAAUCUUUAUAUUUCAUAUCUAUGCUUGUUAGGUUUAACGUAUACAAAACAUAUGCUGUUUAUGUUUAAUGUUCUCUUUUAACCACCUGAUUGAGAGUUUGACCAUCUCUGUGGAUGCUGACAACGCAGAACCAUGCCUCUGUCCACUCAGUCCCAAGCAGACAUUGACCAGUACAUUCUGAUAGCCAGUUUGGAUAACGCAAGGAAUCUGUCCAACAUCCUGAAAGCCAUCUCUUCCAGGGACCAUGCCAUCUUCAAUGCAACACAGAAUGGGUUAAAAGUCACUGUUGAGGACUCCAAAUGCCUUCAAGCCAAUGCAUUCAUUCAGGCUGACAUCUUUCAAGAAUACAUAAUCAAAGAAGAUACAGUUGGAUUUCAGGUUAACUUGACCGUUCUUCUGGAUUGCCUUACUAUCUUUGGGGGAAGCACAGUCCCAGGUGUGUGCACCGCCUUGAGAAUGUGCUACAAUGGCUAUGGAUAUCCACUGACCUUGUUCCUGGAGGAAGGUGGUGUGGUCACCGUAUGCAAGAUUAAUACACAGGAACCGGAAGAGCCCAUAGACUUUGACUUUUGCAGCACAAAUGUAACCAACAAGGUGAUUCUACAGUCAGACAGUCUUAAAGAGGCUUUCUCUGAGCUUGACAUGACCAGUGAGGUUCUGCAGAUUACCAUGUCACCAAGCCAUCCUUACUUCAGAUUAUCCACAUUUGGGAAUUCUGGAAACGCACAUUAUGAUUAUCCCAAAGACUCAGACAUGAUGGAGCUCUUCCAGUGUACUAAAAUCCAGACCAACAGGUAUAAGAUGUCCCUGUUGAAACCCUCUACAAAGGCCUUGGCUCUGUCCUGUAAAGUCUCAGUGAGAACCGACAGUCGAGGCUUCCUCUCUCUACAGUAUCUUGUGAGGAAUGAUGACGGUCAGAUAUGUUUUGUGGAAUAUUAUUGCUGCCCGGAUGAAGAAGUAGAAGAAGAAUAGACUGGAAAGGACAAUUAAGUUUUUGGUUUUUUUUACAUUUAGUGUGCACUGACCAGUUGGUUCCUUAAUCUAAUUCUGAUUUAUAUGAAUAUUUCAUAAACCACAAAUAUUUCUAUACUUUAUUAGAAGUUUAUAAUAGUUAGAAAUGGGCGGGGGAAAAAACUUCUGGUUUUGUAUUGAAUGAGACAUUACUCUGUGUGUUCAGCAGGGGGCGCCAGAGAAAUACUAAUUAGGCAGUUGCAUAUAAUAUUAGGAGGCCGAUAUUAUAUGUUUCAUUGAUAUAAAAGAUAGACACGUCUUAGUCUAAGCCUAUAUAUGUGUGUGUAUAUGUAUACUGUUUUAUUGAAUAUACGAUUAGAAGCUGAAUUUAAAAAUGUAUAUAAAUUAGUAAUGUUCCCAAACAAAUUUGUAGCAUGACAUAUGUCUGUAAUAGUCGGUUUAUAAAUAGACUCGUAAUAUUUACAGUGUUCUGAAUUAAAAGAACACAGCCGACCAGUUGAAGCUAUUGUCUGAAACAUGUAAAUGUUUAAUGCGUGUUCAUUUUAUGAAUGCGUUGCAAGGCAAACAUGUAGUUAAGCAAAGCGGCUUGAUGUUGAUGCUGGUUGACGCACGCACUCCUAAAAGAAAGUCCCAGAACAGCGCGCGAUGCUAGAACUGCCGCCUCGCGACCAAUCGCUUCUCCACUCGCAGCUGUCGAGGCAACACUGUUUCCGGGCAGAGGAACAUUACAGGAGCAAAACAAGCGCACUUCUGUCACUCUCACAUCUCAGCGGGUUACUGCACCCAUGAUGUAUGUGCCACAUGCAAGCUGCUUAUAGAAGCUGCAGCAAACAACCAAAGUUGUUAUUAAAUAUAUUUUGAACAAAUUGUAGAGAGCUUGUAUAACUGAGAAUGAAGACAAUUGUUUGAAACCUUACAAUGGGGCUAAAAGGCUCAGUUAAAAAACUUGUUUCAUUUUAUUAUAUUAAUACAGCAAUAUAGCUUUUGUGAAAAUGGUUAAAAAUAAAAUAUAAUGCUGGCAGGUC